AUGGACGACAGUGAUAGCAGCUCUGACAGCGCGGAGGUUUCACAGGUUCCAGUGGCACCAGAGGAGGUUGAGGCGGAAGAUGAGGAGCUUGGAGGGCUGGCCCGUCGAAGUCCGGAAGAGGGGGAUGCAUCGCCCGAGGAGGGAUGCACAUGGUCGGUGGCGAGGGGGUGGUACCUUCGCAAGGAUCAGAGGUUUUGGGAUUUUUUGGGGAGGGCCUAA